AUGACAAACCGUCGAAUAGUGUUGUUUUUUUUUUUCUUCUUUUUUUUAAUGCAAAAAAAAAGUAGUCAAUAUAAUAGAGAUCAUUCGAAAAUAAAUUAUAUUGAUACCGACGAAUAUGAAAAUAAAAAUCAAAGAAAAAGAGGCUCAUAUAUUAAACCUGAUGUUGGUGCAGACACAUGUGUAAUUUUUUCUGCUGAAGAAGGAGAUCCACACAACUGCUGGUGUCCAAGAGGAUAUAUUAUGUGCAGUGAAGAAGAUGUUACUGAUUUGCAAACAAAACUCGAAAAAAUUAAAGAUAAAAAUACAAAGAACAAAUUAACCCCAUCAUGGGUCAAAAUAUUAUGUGACAAUUCUAUGGAAUAUGGUUUUAAAAAUAUGUCAGUAGUUAUAGAUUAUGAGCUAGCUGUUAUAUGCAAAGACAUGCCUAACAAAGAAAACCCUGGCUUUGAAAUAAUAGGAGCAUCCGGUUAUAUUCCCAACGAAACUGUUAUUAAAGAAACAAAAGCAGAUCCAACAUAUGUUCCUCGUAAAUGCACUGUUAAUAAUUUUUAUUUAUGUAAAAAAGUGGAAAACGAUAAUGUCAAUUGUCAAUAUAGUCCUUGGUCGGAUUGGACACCAUGUAUAGAUAAUAAACAAAAAAGAAUGAAAAAAAUUGUGCGUUCAAAUCAAAAUAAUACCAACUUUUGUUUAUGGAAUAACAAAAAAGUUCCAAGAAGUAUAAUAGAGGAAACUCGAUCGUGUGAAUAA